GUCCGUCGGACCAAUUGAACGCUGCGCCCACCACAAUAAGCUUGCGGGCCGCUCCGACAUUUCUCAAACUUCUACUGAGACGGUACUGGCUCGAAGAUCAAACACACGUUCUUUUAAGCUUAUCACAGUUCGAGUAGUCUAUAGCGACUCCACGUUAACCGCCCAAGAGCUAGUCCAUACGGAUGUGGUCGAACUCAUAUUUUGAAUAGGCACCCUCAUCAUCUAGGACACCGCCGCACGCCGCCUCCACGCAAUAUUUAUCCUUGCGGAAUCCUUCGCCCGUCUUGCUGUGGGAAGGUUCCACCUGUCCACCACCUGUCCUUGCGUUUUCAUUAUAUACUAUACCAGCUGCCCUUUUGCGAUCUUUGGUUUGGCGAUGCGCAAAUGCAGCUUCCUCUAAGGUUACCACCUCCGGGUGUGGCGUCCAAUUUUAAGGACCCAGUGUUCCUAGGCCGACCAGUGGUCAUAACAGCCGCAAUAUGUAUGCUGUUCGUUCUCUUGUUCGUAGCUGCACGCAUAUAUGCGCGAGCGGCAGUUUUCAGAAGAUGGAGAUGCUAUGACUAUGUGUAUCUACUCACUGCUGCAUUGGGUCUUGCAAUGAUUGCAUUUUCAAUUUCAAACGUCUUCGCCAAUGGGUAUCAUGCUUGGGACCUGGACAAAGUUGCAAUUCCCAAAUCAUCUAUGCUGAACUUGACCGGGUUCUGGAUUGCGUUAGGCCCCAUGCUAUGGUUGCUAAAGCUAUCAUUGUUUUUAUUCGUAAUCUCGAUCUUUGGCUCCGUAAGAUGGCUCAAAAACUGCUGCUGGAUUGGGAUCAUCAUCGCAGGGCUGGUUUUCUCGGCCUAUACCAUCGUGGUUACCAUGACAUGCGGACCAAGCCCCAGUUCUGACGUACGCUCGUAUUUAAACGGACUCAACCGAAAAGACUGCUCAGCGCCAUCUGGGGCAAACGCAAUAACCAGUAUCGUUGCGUGGGGUGUGAAUGCCGGCAGCAACUUAUAUCUUCUGCUCAUCACUUCACCUCUGGUUCCACGGCUAGGCUUGCAGCGCAAAGACAAGCGUAGAGCUCUCCUUAUGCUACUGAAUGGUGCACUAAUCUGCGGAUGCAGCUUCAUAGGACUAUUCUUCCGCAUCAAGUCAUGGCGGUCAGUUGACAUCACCGGAAGCCAGAUCCCAUUCCACGUCGUAUUCAUCAUAGAAACCACUUUAUCACUAAUGACCCCCUGCAUGCCCUCGCUAUGGGUCGUAUACCGCCACUUCACUGUGCCCGACAUUGACGAUACCACGACCAUUGCUACGCCCAACAUGAGACUUUUGAGCGCAAUAUCGAGCCCACAGACAGAGAGCAGAGCAACCUGGCGGAAGACCAACAAUCUCGAAGAGCUCCCGUUUCGAAAAGCGUCAUUGCGGUACAAUGGUCCCCGAGACUCCCGCAUGAAGGCUUUGCCUACGACGCCUUUGCCAAUAUUUACUGGGCCGAUACCUCCAGACCCAAAGACGCCGAUGACGGCGAAGAGUUUCAGGAGUAUGACGUUGCCGAUUAUGCUGCAUAGCUCUGUGGAGUCUUGAUUAUCUGCAUUCACUUCCCUCGGUGGAGUGCUUUCUAGCUUAUGGCGAAGAGAUUACGAAAGGUCCACGCUAGAGAAAACGUUGGGUGUUGGUAUCGAGACAGAGUAUAGAGUGGUCGCAUUCGGAGCAGCUUUCCUUGACAUGAAAUCUUCACAGGUUAUUUUCUUCGAUGUACACAAUCAUUUUAUGAUUUCAUGUAAAUAUCGCUUUUUAACGCAAC